AUUUUAUGUGUUAUUUGAAGCCAUGUGCGCUCGGGAUUCCUGUGGUGCUCAAAUCCGCUGACCGGACAUACCGGAUACUCAUAGUUUGUUCACCAUGGACGACAACAAUGCGGAUGAUAUGCAUGUGUGGGUUCGAGUUGAUUUUAUUUGCGGUCACUUCGAUGCAUGGAGGGUCGACUUCGAAACUUGGCCUGAUAAUUUGCUAGAUUUUCGAACCGCCGUAGUCCAAAGAGCUAUUCAACACUUCAAAGAAUCACGAUGUACCUUCAUCGUGAAUGAGUUAGAUAACAUUAUGGCAGCUGAGUACGGCGAUAUCGUCUGUUUUUUUCUUGAAAAGUGCAAAUUGUACCUCAAUUGUAGUUUCGGUAAAAAUACAACGGAUGCGAUAGAAAUAAAUGAACUUGGUCUUGUAAAAAAUGACGAUGACAUUUUUUUGAUUUACGGUGACUGGAAGCUAUUUUAUGAACAGUAUUGUGACACAGAAAGUAUAUAUUCAGAUUCCCAUGACGGAGAAGAUUCAAUAUGGGAAGGAUGGCUCUUGCAAGAAUGGGAUACAGGUGACGUUGUUCAAUGGCUUCACUCCAAAGGCAUUGAAGAACAAAUCAAGAAAGGUUUCAAAGAUCAGAAAAUUGAUGGUCUAUGCCUCAUGGAAGGGUUAACUGAUGCGGAGCUUCACAGUUGUAAUGUUAUUACUGUGGGAGAGAAAAGAGGGAUAAAGCGACAAAUUGCAGCAUUAGUAGGAAAUGUCAGAUCUGUGAAGGUUCCAAAGAUGGCAGUAAAGCCAAAAGCCCUAAAUGUAGAAGAAAAACAAGAUUUGCUAAUGAGAAGGCGAAAGGUACACCGUAAGAUUGUUGAUGCAUUUCCAGGAAACCAAAUUCCAAUAUUCAGAGGCAAUGCAAGUGCUAUGCGUAGGUUUGAGGAUGCUAUUGGUGCUUGCAAGCACUUACUCAAUGAUGCCAUUGGUUAUGAUGAAGAGGAACUGAGAAGACAUGCAAAGGCAAUAUUGGAUGAGCGUCGACGCAUGGUGAAACAUGGUUAUGAUUAUGAGGACCAAGGGACCUCUAGUACAGAUAAUGAUGUUGAAGUUCAAGAGAAUGUAUCAAGUAAACCGAUCAGUGUAAAAGAUAGUUCUGAGGAUAAGGAUGACUCUGAAGAUGACAGUAGUGAGGAUCAAAGUGAAGACGAAAACAAAUCAUUACCCACAAGCUUACCAGGUGGAGUUGACAACGUACCAUUGUCCACAGCAGAAACAAUCCUACUUUCUUAUUUCAAGAAAGCUUAUACAAAGGAAAUAAAGAAAGACGUUCACUUGGUUCCACUUUGCCAUAAAUUAAAAAUCAAAAACGCAAAGGCAAAGGACAAGAAUGAUUUAAUCAUUGUAUUAGCCAAAGAACUACUAACACAACAAAUUGUUAUCUUAAAAAAGGAUGCAAAUUUCUUUUUUCUGCAUAAAGAUUCUAUUUGUGUCACCAAAACCUUUGAUUGAAACAAGUACUGAUAUACAAGUUGUUUAUAUUAAUAUUAUUUUAUACACAUGAACAGUCCAAGUCAUGCAACAAUUGUUCUUUUGUAGUUUGUUUAAAAACUAAAACUAAAACAGCAGGGAAAGUGAAUUGUUUUAAGUUAAAUACAUGGAAGAUUACAGUUUCAUGGAAUGUACCAAAUAAAAUACACUUUGGUAAAA